CCAGGAAGCAAGCUAGGAUCCGCGCACAAGGCAGGAGCCCGAGGACUUUGGCGCUUGCAAACUUCUCUUAAGAUCAGAUGAAACGUUUCAAGCGCCUUCGCCUCUCAGCCAGUGACUGUGACGGUCUGAGCCAGAGUCCGGAAGGCACCGCCGCCUUGACACAGCCCUUCAGCCAGAGGCAGAGCAGCCGAGACUCGAACCGGGGUCUCUACCCUACUUUCCGGACCAAGAAGCAUCAAAGAGGCUGCCAGAAGGCCAUCACUGAUUACUUCAGAAUCAAAGCCCGCCCCUCACCACGUGCAGAUGACAGACCCAAAAGCGGGCCAAUCAAAGCUGAGGACUCUCCAGAAUCUUGUUCGCUUCUCAGUGGAGAAUGGAACGUGGCCCCCGUGGCUUCUGGAACAGGGCCAGGUUUUUCUCAGAGUAACAGUCAAUGCCAGCUGGAUAACA